UGUUUGAUAGAAAAGCAUGACUUUUAGAUACACAGAUGUUUUCUCUCUUCUAGUUGCCAUUUUAGCAAGUACACAUUUCCUAUCAUCAAACCUAGAAUUUGUCAAGUUCUACAUUGAGGAAUUUAAGGUUAUCUCGAAUUUGCCAGUGUCAAUCAUUGCAAACCAAUAUAACACUCGGUUAGAUGGUCAUCACCACCACCAUCAUGAAAAAAAGGCCAAAGUGGUCGACAUAUGUGAUGAUUUCCCUCGUGAUUCAGUACCUCAAGAUACCAACACCACAACGACAUUUUGUGUUGAUCGUAAUGGAUGCUGUAAUUUUACAACUAUACAGUCUGCCAUUGAUGCAACUAUAACUGCUAACCCUAAGAGAACUCUAAUAUGGAUCAAUAACGGCAUUUACUUUGAAAAGGUAAUAAUCCCCAAGACAAAACCAAAUAUAACAUUUCAAGGGCAAGGAUAUACUUCAACCGCUAUUGUUUGGAAUGACACUGCAAAUUCGUCGCAUGGCACGUUCUACAGUGCCUCCGUGCAAGUGUUUGCUGCAAAUUUCGUAGCUAAGAACAUUAGCUUCAUGAAUGUGGCUCCGAUACCUAAGCCGGGAGAUGUUGGAGCACAAGCUGUGGCGAUUAGAGUAAAUGGAGAUCAAGCUUCUUUUUGGGGGUGUGGAUUUUUUGGAGCUCAGGAUACUCUUCAUGAUGAUAGAGGUCGACAUUACUUCAAAGAAUGUUAUAUUCAAGGUUCAAUUGACUUCAUUUUCGGCAAUGCAAAAUCACUCUAUGAGGAUUGUCAAUUGAUAUCCAUGGCACCACCAGUAGCAGUGGGACAAAAGAAUAUAAACGGAGCAGUUACAGCACAUGGAAGAGCUUCCGCAGACGAGGACAGUGGAUUUGCGUUUGUGAGAUGCAACCUCGGUGGUACAGGAAGGAUAUGGUUAGGUCGAGCUUGGAGACCCUUCUCUAAAGUUAUCUUUGCUUACACAUUUAUGUCGGACAUAGUUGCCCCUGAGGGGUGGAAUGACUUUAAUGACCCCUCUAGAGACCAGAGUAUAUUCUAUGGAGAGUAUAUGUGCAUGGGUGGAGGAGCAAAUACCUCAACGAGAGUUCCAUAUGCACAAAAGCUAAAUGACACUCAAGCCUCACUCUUUCUUAAUGCCUCUUUUAUUAAUGGUGACCAAUGGUUGGAGUUACAAUUGUAAUUAAGGAUAUUCCUCUAUAUAAUUAAUUUAUUGAGAAAAUAAAUUCUUAUUCUUUUGUGCUCAAUCGAAAAAAAAAUGUAUCAUUUUAUGUAUGUAUAUU